UCAUGCCCAACAAUUAGGGCAGUCGAAGAAACCCUAGUUUCUUCACCGUCAUAGCCGCACACACUCAUAGUCGCACAAAGCAAAACCCUAGUUCCUCUACCGUUUUUGCAUCAUCUUCUUCGUGAGAGCCUUCAUUGACAAAAGCCCUACCGAAAAUGUAGAGUUGUUCAAGGUUGUCAAUCAUGUUUAUCACAAAAUCAGUCCUCAUUGAAACUGCGUUGUUCUGUCCAUCUUCAUCAUCCGUGUUGUGUUCUAUCCAUCAUCUUUGUUGGAUUCUAGAUCUAUUGUUGAUUAAAAAUCCAGAAUAUCAUCUCUAGUUCCAAAUUCAUCAUCUGUUCUAGGUCUUGCAAAUAGUCCUUCGUCAUCUUCUCCUCCCUUAACCACCAUUAGUGAGUUGAGAAGCUUAAUGAAUUUGUUUACAAUUUUCAUGUCAAUUUAACUGGAAAUUUCACUAAUCAUAUGUUUUGAUGAGGAGUUGUGCACCCAGUAGAAGAUGUGAACUAACAUUUCAUUUUUGUUUUUAAAUUAUAACAGUCUUUUUAAUCAAUUUGUUUGUUUUUUUAUUUGCUUUUAUAUGGGUUUCUGAUUUAGGUUUCUCAUUUUAUUUAUUUUGAUGUGUUUCGAAAGGUUGUUGUAAAUUAAUCGCAAGAAUCAAGUUCAAUUUCUUCUUUCUACCCGCUUACUCCAUUUAUCAUUUAAUUGAAGUUUAAUUAAUACCCAAAAUAAAUAAUUUGGUGUUUUUUUUCUUGAUUUUGUCUGACUAAUUUAUUCGUAUCUCGAUGAGAUCUUGAUUGCUUGAAUGAAUUUUGGUAAUCUGAAUAUGGUUUGAUUUGGGUCUUUAAUAGCUUUUUUCUCUUGAGCACUAUGUGGUGUACUAGUGUUGGUUUUCAUUUUAAUAGAUCUUAAUUGGUCUUAUUCUUAGACUUUUUUUGGCUAUGAAAUUUCAUUUGCUAUGUCUGCUUGAAUUAUUAAGCUUCAAAAGGUGUGUGCCUCACUUAGGUGAAUCUGCUAUGAUGUUUUUUGGGAAUAUUAAAUACUAAAUUGGGAUAUUAAAUUAUGUGCACUUCUAGGAUCGAGAUAAAUAUAUCCACACUACGUUGUGAGGUGUGACUCUUGAAGAUAAUAUGCGUUUUAUCAAGGCAUUUGCAAUGUUAUCAUAUUUUGUUUACAAAGAGCGUUAUUGGUUUAGACGUCUGAAAUUAGUGUAUGACUUUGUUGUAGUGACAAUAUCCCUUAGGUAUGUGUCAUGUGUGGUCGUGUACCUUAUUGACAUUAUUUUUGAUUCUCCAACCUUAUUGACAAUAUCCCUAGUAUUGAGUUUUGCUUCAAGAACAGAAAUUAGUGUAUGAUUUUGUUCAAACAAUGUUCAAUACUUCUUUUGAAAUUAGAAGAUGGUUUUGAAUUUGUUCAAUCCCUCAUUCUUAAUUGUAGGAAGAUGAAUGCUAAUGAGGCAAAUGAAGCUAAUGGUUUUGAAUUUGAUAAUAUUUCUAACACGGGUAAUUUGUUAAUCUAAUGGUUCAAGUACCUUAUAUGUUUUGUGUACUUUAUCAUUGUUUUGCAUUGUGUUCAAUAUUGAGAUAGAUUACUAGCAUGUGUAUUACUUUUGUUGAAAUUAAAAGCGUUUGAAGAGUUACAAAUGAUUGAACAACAACGACAAGAUGAGUUACUAAUAUCCUAACAAACUAAUGUAUCCACUCCAAGGAAUGUGAACUCGAACCCUAGACAAGUUGUCCAAUGUCCUAUUCGUCCACCAAAACGUGCAAAAACUAGUAGAGGAAGAGGUGGAAUUUCUUUAGCUGGAGGUCGAAGGCGAACUAGAACAGAGUUUCAGAAGGAUAUUGAAGGACUUGGAAAGCGUACCUCACCAUUUUGGGAUCAUUUUACCAUAGUGGCCGAGAAGGAUGAUAACAAUGUUGUUAUUUCAUUACAUGUUGUUUAUCGCCAUUGUAAGAAUACUGACUAUAGAGCCGAAGGUCACUAUGGAACCUCCAAUUGUAGAAAUCACCUCAAGACUUGUGAACCUUACCAAGAAUGGCUUGCUAAAAAUGGUGAUCUCAUUGGUGAUUUUAAUCAAAGAAAAUAUUGUUCUCUUUUUGCAGAGGCCAUUAUGUACCAUGGAUACCCCUUAAGCAUGGUUGAGCACAAAUUCACAAGGAAAUUGCAUCUUUACUUGAAUCCAAAGGUGAAGAACAUAUCUCGAUCCACAUUCACUCGAUGGUGCAUGAGGAAAAACUCUAAGUUAAGGAAAAUAUUAUUUGAAACUUUGAAGGAUUUAGAUAGCAAGGUGUCAUUGACAUGUGACAUUUGGACAGCUUGCACAUCUCGUGGAUACUUGACUUUAACGGCUCAUUAUAUUGACAAGGACUGGUGUUUGAAGUUGAAAGUUCUUAAUUUUCGUCAUUUCCCUCCCCCACACACUGUUCAUGCGAUUUAUGAGCUUGUUUAUGCAAUGAUCAAGGAUUAGGGUCUUGAAUCAAAGGUUAUGUGCAUGACUAUUGACAAUGCAACCAAUAAUGAUUCCAUGAUCCCCUUUUUACAAGAAUACUUAAAUGGCCAUUCGUCUUUUCCAUGUCAUGGUGCACAUUUUCAUAUUCGUUGUGCGGCGCACAUUUUGAAUUUUAUUGUUAAAGAUGGAUUAAAAGCAAUUGAUCCUGCUGUCAAACUCGUGCGUGAUAAUGUCAAGUACAUUGAUUCAUCCGAGGCAAGGAUGAUUAGGUUUAGAGAUUUUGUAUCUCAGAUAGAAAAACCUUCUUCGCUGAAAUUAUGGUUGGAUGUUGUAACGAGAUGGAACUCUACAUAUCUAAUGUUGAAGCGAGCUCUUGACUAUAGAGUUGUGGUGAAUCGCUUUGGUAGUACUAACCCUGACUACACCUUGAAGCUCACUGAUUGUGAGUGGGAAUCUGUUGAAAACAUGGCUUCUAUUCUUCAACCUUUCUAUGAAAUGACUAAUCUUUUCUCUGGGUCAGAUUAUCCCACUGCAAAUCUAUAUUUUGAACAAGUUUGUAAGGCAAAAUACCACCUACGACGUGCUUGUGAAAGUGAGGAUACUUGCAUUAGAGGGAUGGGAAAUGAGAUGUUUGAGAAGUUGGAGAAAUAUUGGGGCGAGUCCUUUUUAAUUUUGUCUAUUGCUACGGUGUUUGACCCUAGGCAUAAGAUUCCAUUUCUAAAACAUCAUUUUAGAAAGGUUUAUCAAUCUGAGGAUGAGAUUUAUCAAAAAAUUGUGAGGGUUUGCUCUGGACUUGUCAAUCUUUUCAAUGAUUACAAGUUUACACUUACUUUAUCGACUAAAGCUCAUCAAGCUUCUAAUUCUGAAGAUCUUGCAUCAGUUGGUUCAUGCUCUCGUGAUUUUGAUGGCUAUAAGGUAUGUAUUAUUUAAUUUUAAACUCCUUUUAACAAUAUAUUUAUUAUUAUUAAUAUUUUAUCUCAAUAAGUUUGUCUUUCCAUUAUAAUAUUUUUACUAUUAAUAAGUUUCAUAUGUUUUAUCGUUUGUUUACAAAGUUUUGAAGGUUUUCAAGAACUACUUUUUUCUUCAAAUACUUUAUCGGAAGUGGAAAAAUUCCUUGAAUCACCUUUGCACAUGCAUGGUGAUUAGAAAUUUGAUAUUUUGUUGUAUUGGAAAGACCAACAAGCUACUUACCCAAUUAUGUCUAAAAUAGCUAAAGACAUAUUGGCUAUCCCAAUAACCACAGUUACAUCCGAAUUAACUUUUUUUAUGGGAGGAAGAAUUUUGAAUAGAUGGAGAGCAUCCCUUUUAUCAAGACAUGUUGAAGCCUUGAUUUUAACUCGUAAUUGGUUGUUUGGAUAAGAAGAAGAACCUGAUGAAGUAGGAUUAGUUGUUGGCAAUGACUUAGCCCCCGAUGUAGAAUCGCAUGCUAAGGGAGAUCAGGGUCCAAGUGGAUCUGAUUGAAAUAUGGUACCACAAGCAAAGCAGUAGUACGUGAGAGAUUUUGGUGCUCGUUGUCAACUUUUAUAUUUUGUUUUGAAGAAAGUGUUUAAUGGUGGACAUACUCACGUACAUUUGAUGGAUGAUACUUUUAUGGUGGAUAUAUAACUAUUUAUAGUUGCUGAUUGAAUGUUAAUUUUUAGGGUUAAAAACUUGAUAUUUGUUUAUUUAAAUUUGGUGGAUGUAUAAGUGAUGGAUGUAAAUUUUAGGGGUUAAAAUCUUAAUAUUUGUAUAUUUAAAUUUGGUGGAUGUAUAAGUGAUGGAUGUAAAUUUUUGGGGUUUAAAGCUUGAAGAAUUGGUGGAUUACUAACAUGAAAUAUAUAAUUAGCAAUAGAAAGCAAGAUAAGUUUAGAUCGAAGUGUUGAAGAAACAUUUAAGUUUUUGUAUUGUUCCACUUCAGUAUGUUUCUAAGGUUUUUUAAUGUGCUUAUUGCUUUA